GAAACCACGGAAGUUGCUUGCUCAUGAUCGGACAGUUUCAAAGAUGGCUCUCGCAAGUGUGUUGAACAGUGAUUGUGCUGGUUUUUCUUUUGGCAGCCGUCAAACGGCUGCUUUUGAUUGUGGACCCGUACUGAGCGGUCUUGGGCUCGAAACAGCAUCGGGAGACAACAUUCGGUUUGCCAUCAAAAAUCCAUUGUGUGCUGUGGGCGACGAUGACGUCGAGAGGAAAAUAGAGUUUCUGCAUGGGACCACUACCUUAGCGUUCAAAUUCCAGCAUGGUGUCAUCGUGGCAGUGGACUCUCGGGCCACAGCGGGCAGCUACAUCGCUUCGCAGUCGGUCAAAAAGGUGAUUGAGAUUAAUCCCUACCUGCUGGGCACCAUGGCUGGAGGAGCAGCAGACUGUAGCUUCUGGGAGCGUAUGCUGGCUCGCCAAUGCCGCGUCUACGAGCUCCGCAACAAAGAGCGCAUCUCGGUGGCAGCAGCGUCCAAGUUACUUGCCAACAUGGUGUACCAGUACAAGGGCAUGGGACUCAGCAUGGCAACCAUGGUCUGUGGCUGGGACAAGAGAGGCCCAGGGCUGUACUACGUUGACUCGGAAGGAAGCCGAGUUUGCGGCGACAUAUUCUCACUGGGCUCUGGCUCCAUCUACGCCUACGGUGUGAUGGACAGCGGCUUUCGGCAAGAUCUGACCGUGGAGGAAGCCUGCGAUCUUGGCCGCCGCGCUAUCUACCAGGCCACGUACCGCGACGCCUACAGCGGAGGGCAGGUCAACCUCUACCACGUCCAUAGCGAAGGCUGGACCAGGGUCUCCCAGGAUGAUGUGCUUGAGCUGCAUCAUAGAUACAAAAAUCAGGCAUAAUUUGGAAAGGUCAACGCUCAGGGUCGGGAACUGGGAUGUUGGGAAACACAUUUCUCUGUAUCCAAAAUUGAAGUUCUGAAAUGUCUGUUUAGUUAAUAAUAAAAAAACAUCCAUUCA